UAGCAUUAUCCAAUACUAAUAAUUUUUUUAUUUAAUACAAACGUCAUUACACGUACAAUUUCUGAGUAGUUAAGAAAAAACAUUUUAAUUAAAAUUAUUAAAAACUUAACAAUGGUGUCACAUAAAUUUUUUGUAAUGUUUUAUUUUCUAUUAUACAUUAUACUAUAUUAUGUGGUCGCAAGCGAUAGCAAAAAUGAUACAACUAAGUUUAUUUAAUAAAAUAUAAUUUAUGUUAAAGAAAAGUUCAAGACUACUUUCGCCCAUUUCAAACUUUUUCAAUUGUGACGUACAACCUGGAAAAGUAGUAUAUCCAAUUAAAUAUUUAGAAACACUGGUAUAUGACAGUAAAUUUAAAGAAAAAGUUCUUCAUAAUAAACACUACUUUAAUCCCAUGGAUUGGCAAUUGAGGGAGGAAAAAUGCAACAAAUUAAAAUUAAAAUUUGUGAAUCCUUAUAAUUAUCAAGAAAUCAUUAAGCUGGGAACGUUUAAAAGAUUGACACAUCCAAGCCUAUUUUAUAAAGAUGGACUUGUAAUUCUUGAGGAACGUGAUAUAGACAAAACUUACAGGCUUUUAUCUGAGUUACUAUGUGGAACAGAUGAAAACUCUAACGCUAUAAGAAUGCUUGUUCAAGAAGAAAUGUCUAGUAAUACAAAAAUCAAAAAAUUUAUGAAUGAUAAGGUAUCGGAAUAUCAACAGAUCAGAAAAAAAAACGGACGAACUUGUGGUUUGGGAACACAAAUAGAAUUAUUAGCCGCUGCCCAUGCUCUCGAUAUUUGCAUUUACGUCUAUGGAAAUGGUUAUGGAGAUAACUAUAAAUUUUAUUGGACAUUAUUUCAUCCAAAUUGGCCUGAAUUAGAAAAUCUUGAUAUGAGUAAUGAAACAUGUUUAUAUGUUUCAAAAGCAUACUUCAGAUAUUAUUUGAGUAACAUUGAAGAUGUAUUUAAAAAAAAAUAGUUAUUUUGUUUUGUAAUUGUAAAUUGUAUAUUAUUUUUAAUACUAAUAAUAAUGAUAAUUUAUUUAUUUCAACAUUGAUAUAUUUAAAUUAUUUGAUUUUUAAAGGUUUAAUAAGUUUAUACACAAUUUAAAAUGAAAACAUUGUAAUUGUAUACAAUUAAUCAAAUAUUUUGGACGUUUUAGAUCUAUUGGCAAUGCUUAUAACUUUUGAUACAAUUAUUUUUUUCUUUCUUAUAAGUGAUAAAUAAUAAAAAUAUACUAUAAACAAACUCUAAGAUAGCAAUUUAAAGUUCAAUAACAUGAUAAUUGGGAAAGUUUACAAAUAUCAUAAAAAAAUAAUCGAAUUAAUAGGCCAUAACGGAAAAUGUAUAACUUUCAUGGCGCAUUGAAUAAUUCAAAAAGAAAGGGUCGCCAACUCACUGGGCGAGACAAUGUAUUGUGGGACCACAGUAGGAUUAAGAAAAUUUAAUUUUGUGCAUUAAAAACAAUUUAAUAUAAAAAAAAAGGAAAAAAUACUAAAAUUGUAUUUGAUGUUUGUUGAAUCAUUUAUAGUUGAUGUACAUCAAAAUCUUGUGACAGUUGUUACAUAACCAUAUUGAUCGUACCUUAUACACUAGGGGAGUUGAAUUUUGAAAGAAAAAAAAUACACGAGUCCAUUGAAGAUGGAACACGCCAAAAAAAUAACAUAAUAGUUAACUUAAAUUAAGGAGACUUUAUUAUAAUACAAAAAAGGUAGUACGAGGCAAAAAACCUCGUCUAUAAAUUAAAGGGGAACAGCGAAAAAAAUAAAAACAGAUAUUAGUAAAAAAAAA